AUGGUAUCUCUUUAUCUGUACAUUCCAAACCUUAUUGGUUAUACCCGCAUCAUCCUUAUGUUCGCAGCUUAUUAUAUAGCUGAUACACAGCCAUAUUUGUUCUUCUUAUUCUAUUUCUUAUCUCAAUUCUUAGACAUGUUCGAUGGUAUGGCCGCCCGCGCCUUCAACCAAUCAACAAAAUUUGGUGCACUUCUUGAUAUGGUUACAGACAGAUGCUCUACUGUUGGUUUACUUUUCGUGAUCGCUCAGAGAUAUCCAAAACUUACACUUGCUUGCCAUUUCUUCGUUUGGCUCGACAUCUUCUCUCAUUGGGCUCACAUGUUGGCUACACUUAAGGCUGGCAGCGCUUCCCACAAGAUCGUUAAGGAUGGUCCAUGGCUCCUUCGUUUCUAUUACGCUGCCCACUGGUUUAUGGUUGUUCUCAUUUUCGCUGCUGAAGGCUUGCCAUGCAUGUUAUACUUACUUAGCUUCAAAGAGCAAAUCCCAGCUAUUUGUGUCCAAGUUGUUACCUACCUUGCUUAUGCAUUAGCACCACUCUUCUUCACAAAGCACUUUAUCAAUGUUAUCCAGUUCUUCCAUGCUGCUAACUCACUUGAUAAGAUUGAGAAGAAGGAGUAA